AAUUAAUUCCGACCCAGCUACAGAUAUACUGGCCAUGGCAGUUGCAGGCGAGGACCCCUACCGCUCCUUCAUCUCCGGGGAGGGCGAAAAGGACACGGUGUGGAGGUUUGGUGCUCCUCCGAACUACGACGUCGUCAACAAGCUCUUCGAAGAGGGCCGAACCAACAUAUGGCCUGUUGGAUCUCUAGAAGAAAAGGUACAGCGAAUGGUGAAGACCUGGGAGAUGGAGCUGGUCCACAAGGUGCGCCCACAGGACUUCAAAUCUGUCAACAUCGAGAAGUUCAGAUUGAGCGUCAAUGGGAGGAAAGGACUCACCUCUGCGGAAAUCGGUGAGAUAGGGGGCAGUUACAACGCCUUCCUGCAGACCAACUUGCCCAAGGAGCUGCGCAUCUACGACCCUGAAGAGGAGACGAGGCAGUCGUCGUCAAAGGAGUUCGCCACCACGUUCCCGCGGGGGUUUGCUUUGGAGAUACUGCAAGUCUACAGCGGCCCGCCGGUGGUAGCGUACAGUUUCCGCCACUGGAGCUACAUGGAGGGGCCCUUCAAGGGCCACGCUCCCACUGGAGAACUCGUCCAGUUCUCGGGCGUUGGCAUCUUUCACGUGAAUGAGGAGACGAGGGUGGAGAAUGUGGAACUGUUCUACGAGCGUGGAGAUUUCCUGUCGAGCUUCCUGAAAGGUGCGCCUUUAGCGCAGGGCGAGGCUGCUGGGGGCUGCCCCUUCGUUAGCUCCUGAAGACAUCAAUUUAAGUGGUACGGUGCAGUGAAAUGAAGAAAAACUUCAAUUGGUGUGGUGUUAUACAAGAGACUUUGUUGCUUUAAAUAAAAAUAUGGAAUAAGGGAUGGGAAGUAGAACUCAUCCAAUCAAUGUAUUUGAUCGCAAAGUUUAUCAAAUUGGUAGAUUUGAUCUUAAAAUGUUUGAUUUUUUUUU